AUUUCCACACUAUAUAUACAACCAAAGCUUCUCCACCAUCUCCACAUCAUAUCCCAUCACACUUCCAAAAAGAACAACAAUGGCUUCAUCAUCCUCCUCCUCGAGUUCCCCUGCAGCUCGCUGCUUCACUCUGACUCUGUUCCUCCUCUUCACCUGUUCACUCGCCGCUCCCCUGAGAUACCAACCGUCACCUUCCCAACUGAAACUCGACUCUGCAAAGAUCGCAGCAAAAGGGCAGGCUGAGAGGAUGAUCAGGUCCCUCAACUUGUUCCCCAAGCACGAAGCCAACGUCGUGUUCAACGACCAGUCGGCCCGAGACGAGCCCCGAAUCAGCGAGAAGAAGAUCAGCCUGAACGUCUCCGGCGGGCCAGUGCCGUCAAUUCAGCAGUUUGGUCACUACGCCGGCUACUAUUCCCUUCCCAACACCAAAGGCGCCAAGAUGUUCUACUUCUUCUUCGAGUCGAGGGUGAACAAGACGGAUGCCCCCGUCGUGAUUUGGCUGACCGGCGGGCCGGGUUGCGGCAGCGAGGUGGCGUUGUUCUUCGAGAACGGUCCUUUCAAACUUAACAACGACUUGUCUCUUGAGUGGAACGAUUAUGGUUGGGAUAUGGCAUCAAACAUAUUGUUCGUGGACCAACCGACCGGAACAGGGUUCAGCUACACGACCGACAAAAAUGACCUUCGAAGCAACGAGGCUGACAUCAGCAACGAUCUCUACAACUUCCUUCAGGAGUUUUUCAAAGGACAUCCCAAAUACGCGAACAACGACUUCUACAUCACCGGAGAAUCGUACGCCGGGCACUACAUCCCUCCUCUAGCUUCCCGAAUCUUCAAAGGAAACAAAAACAACGAAGGAAUCCACAUUAACAUGAAGGGAUUCGCCAUCGGAAAUGGCCUCACUGACCCUGCAAUCCAAUACAGAGCCUACCCUGAAUUCGCCCUCGCCGCGAAACUAAUCUCCAAGUCCGACCACGACUCGAUCGUCAGCGAACUCGUCCCGGUUUGCGAAUCCGACAUCGCCGAUUGCAACGCUCAUGGCGGGGACCCCUGCCUGUACGGACAAGACAGUUGCAACUCUAUCUUCGAGUCCAUUCUCAGCAUAGCCCGCGACAUAAACUACUACGACAUCAGGAAAAAAUGCGUGGCCGACAACUGCUACGACUUCUCGGCCAUGGAGAAAUUCCUGAACGACGGCGCCGUGAAAUCGGCGCUGGGAGUGAAAGACAUCGACUACAUUUCUUGCAGCAGAGGAGUCUACGAAAAGUUGAACGGAGACUGGGUGAUCGACUACGAGACCGGGAUCCCGAAUUUGCUGGAGAACGGGAUCAAGGUGCUGAUCUACGCCGGGGAGUACGACCUGAUCUGCAACUGGCUGGGGAACUCGGAGUGGGUCAACGCGAUGAAGUGGUCGGGUCAAAAGAAGUUCCAUGCGGCCGCCGACGUGCCGUUCGUGGCCGGCGGUGAGAAGGCAGGGGAGCUGAAGAGCUAUGGGCCGCUGGCCUUCUUGAAGGUGUACAAUGCGGGCCAUUUGGUCCCCAUGGAUCAGCCGAAAGCCGCGCUGCAGAUGCUGGAAGGCUGGAUGCAGGGGAAGAUGACGGCCGGAGCUACCAAUCGGAAGAUUUCGCUGGUUUGAGUUGAGGAAGAAGAAAUGAAAAGGAAUUGUUGGUAACAUAUAGAAUGACUAUACAUAGAUACAAAGAAAAGGUCAGAGUAUAAGGGUUUGGAGUUGUGGAAUUUUAGUAAGAUAUGCUGAAUGCUAAUACUUCUAUCUUAUGAGAUUGAGGUGAAUUAUGGAAAUGAUUUAAGGUAUGAAUGAGUUUACUUUCGUUGAAAGCGCAUAUCGAUUUACAUACUUUCGGUUGAAACUCGACCGAACUUGUCCCAUUUAUUCCUGUAUACCAACUUAUUUCCUCACAAAGUCAUAACCUAGCCAGCAGUAGGCUUGAUUCCGAAUCCUGACUGGAUACGGAUUAUGGGCUUCCAGCCGACAUGGCACAUUAGUUCUGUAGAGACUGAAUUAAGAUUCCGAAGAAGAUCCAAUGGAGG